GUUCACUUAGUGCCUCUUAUAGCUCAGCCUUUUGAAAUCCUUGUUAAUUGACUUAAUCCUACGUGGAUGUGUGGCUACCUCUAUCUCUCCUCCUUCUUUCAUUCGCAGUUCAUUUAUUGCUUCAGUUUGUUGGGACUGCCACAUUUACUCCACUGGUGAAGCCAUCCUUCAGCGUACCAUGGGAAACGCAAAAAGUGGCAUGGUGUCCAGAGAGGUCCUGAAUGACCUGAAGGUGAGCACCAAGUUCUCAGAGGCGGAGAUCUCACAGUGGUAUGAGAACUUCCAGAAACAGUGUCCCACAGGUCGCAUCACGCUGACUCAGUUUGAGGAGAUCUACAGCCGCUUCUUUCCCAACAGUGAUGCGAAGACGUACGCCCAGCAUGUCUUCCGCUCCUUUGACACCAAUGAUGAUGGCACACUGGACUUUAAGGAGUAUAUUGUGGCCCUGCACAUGACUUCUUCAGGCAAGAUGUCCUUGAAGUUGGAGUGGGCUUUCUCGCUGUUUGAUGUGGACAAAAAUGGUUACAUCACCAAGAAUGAAGUGUGUGAAAUCUGCCAGGCUAUUUUCAAAAUUAUCCCCAAGGAGAAGCAGGAGAAGCUGCCUAGUGAUGAGAACACACCAGAGAAGAGAGCAGAUAAGCUCUGGAGCUACUUCGGCAAAGGAGAUAAUGAGCGGGUUGCAGAAGGAGAGUUCAUCAAAGGAGUGAUGGACAAUGAUGAUGCACUGCGUCUUAUUCAGUGUGAACCUGCAAAGUAACCUGUCUCUGGGAACUGCUCGAUGAUGCUCCUGAAAUCCUAAUGUGUAAUUAAAAAGCAUGAUAGAAUCUCCUGAGCCAGACUGUUCCACCUUUGCUAUGUAAAUAUAUUGUACAAUACACAGUAUUUGGUGACUUGAGUUUCACAAUUCAAUUACAGUUAGAGCCUCUACAACUGUGGCUACUGAAUGUGUGUGUGUGUGUGUGUGUGUGUGUGUGUGUGUGUGUGUGUGUGUGUGUGUGUGUGUUUCUAUAUAUAGAAUGUAAUGACUAUAGGGCAUUAUACCAAAUGCAUAAUGUAUUUCAUUGAUUUGCAACAGUUUAGUGUUGGUAAGUAUAGAUGCUGUAGGAUUAAUCUAAUUACAAGAAAACAAACCGCAAGUGCCAAAUAGGGCCUCUGAACAAUCACACUGAACAAGGUUUCAUGUCUAACGGUCACUACUGAUGCUAGUAUGUUAUACUGUGUGUAUUAUUAACAUAAGUAAGCAAUUAGUUUAUAAUUAUAAUGUCAUCAUUUUGUUGUAUAUAUCAUGUGUAUAUAACUUUUUAUCUGUCAUUUGUGUUCUACAUUUUCUGACUACAUCCAUUAAGUAGUUGUGUUGUGUUUAAUAAAAUUUAAGGGGUUCCACCUA